AUUAGCAGGUUUCAACGGAGUGAGGUUGGAGAAGUAUUUAUUCACAAAUUUAUUAAGAAGCAAUGUUAAUUAGAGGAGCAAGGGACUUCUCCCUUUGAAGUUUGAAGUGUCUCAAUUGCGAUCAUACAGGGAGGUGCCGCAGAGGUGACCAAAUGUACUCACCAACUUGCCACAAACUUCAAAUUUCGCUCUGGUCACAGCAUACACGCAUCUCCGUAGAAAAAAAAGUCUGUAUGCAUCUGCUUAGACUCAAACAUUCUGGUAGAGUCCCUUUCCUGCGAGACUUCUUUCGUCUGCCUGCUGUCAUAGUAUGCUGCAGUUCAAUUCGCAGAAAUGAAAGCUCCAACAAUCUUCACUUCAAUCAUGCCACCAUCACAACCUCAGAGUGUAGAUCCCAACCCUCCAUUAGUGCCUCAUCCCCUCCACUCAUCGCUCUUAAUUUGAUGUUUGUAGUGGCCUCGCUCUCCACUCCUGGCUUCGGCAUCUCCUACCGAUUCAUGGACCCGAUGCCGCCGUCGUGUUCUCCCGGUCAUUCAUGGAGCUCUUCACAUCCUUCCCCGUCCCUGCAUCUCACGCUUAUUCUCCACUGCUCAGCUCAGAGUUAUGCCGGUUCUCCUCAUCCACAGUUUCAGCAAUGAUCCAGAGUUCGUUUCCACAGUUACUCAAUUGCUUA